AUGCUGCGUAGAGAUUGGCAGAUUUUGAACAAGUACCUCGCGCGAGUUCGGAGUAUCACUCUCACAGGGGCUGGGAGUGUCGUUAUCGAACCCAAUGUCCUUGGCGCCGUAUCCAACCACUGCGGCACGGUUCUCUUCCCAGCACUGCGAAGGCUCUGCAUACGCUCGCCCACGUCAACUACAGAAGCGAUCCUGCCGCAGCUGCUCAAGUUGUCCGUUGGACCUCUCUUGAAAGAAUUGGUCCUCCAAGGACUCGAUCCGAGGUUCUUAUCUGCCAUACUCCUGGCAAGCCAGUGGAGUCCAAGCCUUGAACAGCUGCGGGUUUACCUUCCAGACUUGUGGCCAUCGCUUUGCCACGACCUGCCUGCACUAAUGCUAGAGGCGGUAGGAGGCUUAAAGCAUCUAAGAAAGCUUGUGCUGGCAAUAUCCGACGCCGAGGUUGUAUCCGCGAAGGACAUGCUAUCAGCCGUAGGACGUCUUCAAUCUCUGGAACAUCUCUCGCUCUUGUCCUGGAUUAGACGACCGUCCCAUCUCGAAGACGUGAAAAUAGACAUGCCUAUUUCCUUACCUAUGCUCACGCAGAUUAAUCUAGAGGGUUAUCCGCCGUAUGUGGAUCGCAUCUUGGCAAACUUCGCGAACUUGAAGACCCUUGAAGGUUUUAAAGCUACGCUCUAUGGUGACAUGCAAGCGCCUGAACUAGACAAGAUACUGACAUCUAUCACCACGCGGCUUCCCGAGGCGAUUCGGAACAUACGUCUGACGUUCUUCCACUGCAACCAGCCAGGGCCUCAAUUAUUGCAGUUUGUUCUGCAAUUUCGCAAGCUUACCGGUCUAUCUUUGACCUUCAAUAUCACCCUUUUCACCGACGAUCAACUAGCCGCGAUAUCUUUCCCUUUUCUCGAGCACCUCUGCCUCCAGGGUCGCCCUAUGCAUCGAGACGAACCCCAGAAUAUGACACUGCGCGGUGUCGGUCACUUGAUCCGCAACUGCCCUCUCCUGACUCACCUUAUACUCGCCAUCAAUGCGACUAUUGCUUCCAAUCAGGAUUGCGAUACCUCGCCCAUCGAUGCCUGCAGCUUGACCUUGAAGUCGUGGGACGUCACUGGGUCUAUGAUCGACGAUUCCGAGUUCACAGCGCGGCACAUCAUCAGCAUGAUGCCUCUUUUGUCCGAGCUCAAGUCAACAAGGCCUGGAGUAGAGUCGGACCACUGGGAGAAGGUGAAGACCUUGAUCGCGUUUUGGAGAUGUGUAUACCAGCGCCAUCAGCUGGUUCUACAGGACGCAUAGGACAUCAGACACUCUCAGUGCUUUGGUAUCUCCGGACGAGAUCCACGAGGAAGUGGGGGAAAGAGGCCAGGACAUAUAAUAUAGGGAAACAGUUCACGUAAUGGGUGUUAGCACCGUUACGUCGCUUUCACAAGUACGUUUUACAUGAUGCCGUCAUUGAAGAUCACUGGCUGCUGAGCGCCGAGGUGUUACUCGUCGACCAAUGCGUACAGAUUGGAGGUUUUGAUUCCGGGUUGCAUCCAUUCUCCGGGAGAAGGCGAUAAGUGCUCGAGCACCAGUCAAAGCGUCGAGUCAAAGCGUAGUCGAGGUGACGAGUGUGGUGGCCGCGUGUGCUCGGACCGUGACGCGCUUUUGUGG